AUGUUCAAAACCGCAACCUCUUCAUUCUCUCUCUUAAAGUCUUCCCAAACAUUCCGUCGUGUCGGUACCGCAUCAUCAACCAUGGUGAUGAACCACACCACCGUGAGAAACAAGCACCAAUUACCAACCUUGGACUAUCCUGUUGAGAACGGAAUUGCUCCUUGUAUUACUGCUCGCCAAUUGGAUUUCCACUACAACAAGCACCACAAGACCUAUGUGGAUAAGCUUAACCAAUUGAUUGAAGGUACCAGCUUUGAGAGUCAGCCUCUUGAUGCCAUCAUUCAAAAGACUGCCUUUGAUUCCGAUCCAAAGAGUGUUUCCAUCUUUAACAAUGCUGCUCAACACUUCAAUCACUCCUUCUAUUGGAAAUGUUUGGUUCCAAACGGAAGCAAGAUUGACGAUGCUCCAGCCAUCAAGCAAGCCAUUGAAAAGCAAUUCGGAUCAGUGGACGCUUUCAAACAACAAUUCACUGAGAAGGCCACAACAUUAUUCGGAAGUGGUUGGACUUGGUUGGUGUUGGAUGGUACUCAAUUCAAGAUUUGGAAUGGUAGCAAUGCCCAAACACCAAUCGCCGAGAAUUUGAUCCCAUUGUUGACCUGUGAUGUUUGGGAGCACGCUUAUUAUUUGGAUCAUCAGAAUCGAAGACCAGAUUAUUUGAAGACUUUCUGGGAGGCAGUGAAUUGGUCCUUUGUGAACAAGGCAUAUACCAUGGCUCGUGAUCAACAAAGCAUCAAGUUGUAA